CUCCAAUUCCUAUCCUUGACACUAGAUCUGGCUAGUUAAUAUGCCUGGAAUGUGAAAACACCUAUUGCUGAACUGUUUGGAUUCCCAGGUUGGAAGAUUAUCUCACGCAGAAGAAGUUUUUGCAAAGAUAUAUAAACUAACAGAGCUUGGCAUGUCUCAGUCAAGUUGCCUUGGACAGUAAAGGCAUCUUUCUUGAGAGGAAUACUCCACUGUACCAUCAGCUUUUGAUCAGCCAAACAGCCAGGAUGAUGAUGUUACUGGUAGAAGAUCUGAUGACAGGCAAGAAGACAGAAGGUAGAGAAACAGGGGAUUUCCUUCCGGAAGACUUCAAAGAUGGAGAAUAUGAAGCUACAGUGAGAUUAGAGAAGCAAGAAGACCUGAAGACGGUCAUUGAUCCCUCAGUAACACAGCGCACUCUGACUUACAAAGAAGAGAAGGAGCUGCAAGCUGAGCUCAAGAAAAAGAAACUAGAGGCGAGAACAAAACUUGACAAUUUGGAAGACCUUGAAAAAAUCAUCACUCUGAAGAAAAGGAAAAAAGUAAAGAAGGUCAAAGUCCCAGUUGAGAAGGAACCUGAGCAAGAAGUGAUAACAGGACCUGUAGAUGUUCCCACGUUUUUAAAAGCUGCCUUGGAGAACAAAAUGCCAGUGAUUGAAAAGUAUUUAGCAGACAAAGGAGACCCAGAUGCUUGUGAUGAGUACAAGCGUACAGCCUUGCACAGGGCGUGCUCACAAGGACAUCUGGAAAUUGUGGAAAAGUUAGUAGCAGCUGGGGCUCAUCUUGAAUACCAAGAUAUGCUUGAAUCAACGGCUAUUCAUUGGACGUGUCGAGGUGGAAACGUAGAAGUUCUGAAAUUCCUCUUAAACAAAGGGAUAAACAGAAAUGCCAAAGACAAGUUGCUCAGCAGUCCUUUGCAUGUGGCAGUAAGGACAGGCCAGUAUGAAUGUGGAGAACAUCUUAUUGCAUGUGAAGCGGAUCUGAAUGCCAAAGACAGAGAAGGGGAUGCUCCCAUGCACGAUGCAGUGAGAUUAAAUCGAUAUAAAAUGAUUCGACUCCUGAUUCUCUAUGGGGCUAACCUGAACGUAAAGAACAUUGAAGGGAAAACUCCGAUGGAUCUUGUUCUACAGUGGCAAAACGGCACCAAGGAAAUCUUCAACAACCUGAAAGAGAAUGCCUAUAAGAAUUCCCCCAUAGAUACGUUCUGAAAACCAGAUUGAAAGCUUCAGGGAAUGACCGUUUCUUUGCAGGUGGCAUCAUUAUCAGCGUAAAGAACAAUGUGAAGAAUAGAUCCUGGAUACAUGAUGCCAUUUUUGCCUCAAGCUAGUGUUUUAACUUUGGAAUAAGUCUGAGGACAGAAGAUUCAAAGGCACGGCUUGAAUGUUACAAUUCCACUGGUUUCAAGUUGUUGUUUUUUUUAAUUUAUUCCUAUUUAUAUCUUGUAUUCCAUUCUUCCCUUUUUCUUGGAUGAAGUUUCUUUGGCUGUUAAUUUCUCUGGUGAUUUUUCAAAAUGUCCUGUUGAUACUAGAAUCGUAGAAGGUAACUGAAGUGAUAAUCAUCCAAGAGCAUUUAUACAAGACAAUCACGUUUCUGAAUGUAUUAGCAGCUUCACAACAAGCUUCUCUCCUCCCAACUUAACCCCAACAUAAUUAAUUUUUAGGUGUCACCCAACAUUUCUGCUGAAUUGCUAUUAUCAGAGUAAACUGUUAAAGCCAAAGAAUGGGGGCUGGAGAACAGAGGUAUGGAAAGCGAUGACAUUAGAAAGGAACAGCGGAAGUAGGAUGAAAAAAGGAACAGAUCUGGUUUAUUUUAAGUUUAUUACGAAGAGUAGACCAGUUUUACUCAAAAUAGUGGACAAUGAACUACAAAGUUCAAAGUGGAACAUUACGUAAAGGAAGGUGUUGAAGUGAAGUAGAAGAAAAUGCAAUUAUUUUUACAUGCUCGGUAAUGGAAGAAAAGUUCUGUAUAUUUGUAUGGCUUUUUAUGUACAUUUUGUAUUAAAUUCCCUUUAAGAUUUAAAUAAGAGAA